AUCGUCUUCAUCUCUUUCUUAUGCUUUAUCAUUGUGAAAACCACCAAGAAGACAAAGACAUACACUUAUGUACCUUCACCAACCCACAACCCAACUAUGGUAACCUUCAUGAUCUUCUCUUAUGAAACUCCCAUAUUGAGGACAAUGUUUAUCAAGUGGGUGGGGGGGGGGGGGUUGAAUGUUUGAAUGAUUAUCAUGAUUGAUUGAACCAUGAAUUACUAGUAUCCUCCCUUAUGAAUGUAAGACAUUGAUAAAUGCAUAUGUGAGUGUAUGAAUUGAUAGAUGAUUGAACCAUGCAUUACUAGUAUCCUCCCUUAUGAAUGAGGGUUCCAAAUCACCUUAUUCCUUGCAACUCCCUAUUUAAUCUGCUUUGAAUUGAUAGAUGAUUGAUGUGUUAUGCUCGCUAGGGGAUAGUUGCAUGAUUAGAGUACCCGUUUACGAGGGAUUUUACUAUCUUCUUCCUCUUUUGUGAUUUGAUAGUGUUUGCUAUUUUCGGAAGAACAUGUGUGUGGGAUUCUCUAUAGUUGUUGUUGAACUCGAAGCUUUUGCAAAUUUGUGCGUAUUGGAAAAGAAAGAAAAGAGAGAAAAGUCUUUUGAAAAUGAGGUUCUCACGUGAGAGGAAACCAACCCUCACGGAUUCGGGGUGCCCUUUAAUGAUAUGUUUGGGGAUCGGAUAGCUUUACCGCGUACCGACCAUCUAUUACUACUUACCAUCCCCCAAACAUCUUUCCUCCUCACAGAAUCGUAUGCCAAAGUAAAAAGUACUUUUUUAGCGAUUCAUGAGAUCUCAAAGCUGUCGUUUGUACCCGACAUGUGUGGCAACCAAAUGUGGAGUGCAAACUGGGAAGCUGUGCUUGGGCUAAGAUGAAUCCGUCCAUUAACUUCCCCACAUGUGACCUUGAAAGAGAAGGUUAUGAUUCAUCCGCUCUUGGUCUCAUGAGGGAGAGAUGCUUGUUUGCAAAAGUAUUUGCAAAAGUUUGGUGCUAUGUGCGUCAACAUCGAAAAAGGAGACCAAUAAACGACAACUCCUAAAUCAAAGAGAAUAAAGAGCACCUUCAAGAGUUCUUGUGCUUAUUUGUUAUUUGAGAAAUCCCCGGUGCACAAUUUGAAUGUCCGGCCUAAGGUAGUAAGUAUGGUCCUCACUCGAGAGUUUGUCCUUGCACAGUAAGAUGAUAGUAACGUUUUCUCGUCUCCGUCUACUCUUCUUUAUGCAAUGAAGAACUAGAGUGCGCCCACCUUAAUUUGUUUAUCAAGUUUCAUUGGUUUGAGUAGGUUUGCUUGGGGACAAGCAAACCCCUAAGUGUGGGGGAGUUUGAUAACACCUAAAUUGGUGUUAAUUACUCUUCAUAUUAAGGUUUGUUUCAUGCUAAUUCAUGUGCAUAAUUGUUUGAACAACGUCAAUUGCAUCCAUAUUUCGUUCCUAUUUGAUUUCGAUGUGAUUUUAAGGUUCUUUGGAUUACAUGCGAAUUAGGUACAAAAAAAGGACACAAGUGUAGCAAAAAGGGGCAUAAGACUGAAGAUCACGAACUCGAGAUGGAGAUCACAGCCUGCGAAAUCAGGGCGAAGAUUGCGGCCUGGAAGCCCUACAUCGCGGCCGCGAAUCUGAAGGCUCAGGGCACGAACUUCGUGAAGAAGCAGCCGAGGAGAAACAUAGAGUUUCCCCCGUCAGAGCAUGACCAUAGUGCAAAAAGUCCGCGACGAAGUCCGCGGUCGCGACUCGUGGAUCGCGACCACGAAGUCAGCCCGCGAACUCCUCGUCUCCGAAGGUCAAAACGGCAGCGUUGCAAGAUCGCAGCCUCCAUGAAGAAGAUUGUGGCCGCGAUCUCUGCCCUUCCUGACCGCAAACUUCUCCGUUCUCUGAUGCCUAUAAAUAGAAGACCCUUUUCCCCAUUCAAGAGAGCUAAUUUUGGGUUAUAAUUUUUGAUUUUAGAGAGAGAAGAGAGAGAAGCGGAAGGAGGGAGAAGAGGAUAAGAAAGAGAAGAUUUAGAAGAGAUGAGCCAUCUUCUUCAACAUUAAUCUUCCACCUCUUCUAUGUAUCUUUUUCCCUCCUUUAUGGAGUAGUCCUAUAAGAUACUAGGGGUUCGAAACUUCAAACCCUAGUUUUAGAGUUUAAAUGAAUGAAUGUGUUUAUCUAGUUGAUUUUAAUGCUUUUCUAGCUUUGAUUUUUUUUUGGUAAGUCGCCCUAAUCUUCUCUACGAGCCUACUUUAGCUUUUACUCUGGGUAUGGAGUUUUAGGGUUAGACAGGUAUGCGCCAUCAAGCAAAUUGAGGUUAGAUGUAUGAAUAGGAUCCUAUGGUGGACAAGGCGACCGAACCCCUGCCAUAGGAAUGCCUUUCUAGAUAGAACCCGGGAUGAAAUCUCGGUGUGGACGGUGAGUAGUAACCAUUGAAAGGAGCUAUGUUUUUAAUGACCCAGAUACGAUAGUCUAGAUUGAGGUGACUUACAUGAAUUUAGGGGAGGCUUUCUCAGAGAAGUGUGGAUAACCACGAAAGCCUAGGGGUGUUCAAAUGGUUACCAUGGUAAUUACCAAACCAAAUAAGCCUAAAUUCUAUUA